AUGGUCUUCGGUAUUGGGCUCGUGGUCCAUGCAAGGGCUGCUGAGGUAAUAGAAGAAGUGAAUAAAUGGGUUGAGAACAAAACAAAUGGGCUCAUCGAAGAAAUACUGCCACCUGAUUCAGUUGAUGCUAGCACUAGGCUUAUCCUCGCUAAUGCAGUGUAUUUUAAAGGAAUGUGGGAGGAACAAUUUGAUUCGUCGGUAACUAAAGACGAUGAGUUUUUUCUCUUAAACGGAAGCUCAAUUAAAGUACCUUUCAUGACAAGUUGGGAGAGGCAAUAUAUCCGUUAUUUUGAGGGUUUUAAGGUUUUAAGGCCGUAUAAACAAGGUGAAGAUAAACGCAAAUUCUCAAUGUAUAUAUUUCUUCCGGAUGCAAAAGAUGGACUACCAUCCUUGAUAGAAAAAGCCGGCUCUGAAUCUGGAUUUAUCGAGAAACACCUCCCUCUCUGGGACGUCGAAGUUGGUCAUUUCUGAAUUCCAAAAUUUAAGAUAGAAUUCGAAUUUCGAGCGGGAGAAGUUCUGAGGGAGCUCGGAAUGGUGCUUCCUUUUUCUUGUGGUGAUCUCACUGAAAUGGUGUUCUCAACUAUAACUACCCCGACGGAGAAAUUGUUCGUCUCGGAAAUUUUCCACAAGGCGUUCGUUGAAGUGAACGAGGAAGGCACGGAGGCUGCAACGGUUUCUGUUGGUGUAUUUCAACUUCAAUGUUUGAGAAUUGAGACGAAAUUUGAUUUUGUGGCUGAUCAUCCUUUCAUGUUUGUUAUAAGAGAAGAUAUGAGUGGGAUGGUUCUCUUCAUUGGGCAGCUACUUGAACCCUCCACUAGUUAACUAACGGCGCAUGUUAAUUUUGUGACAUGUUUUGGUUUUGUGGUUGGAAUUGAUAAAAAUAUUGAGUGAUUAAUAUAUUUUCGUGGAUAUGAUUGUGUAAUAUAAUAUGUGUGUCAUGUGUACAUUUUU